AAUCUAAAACAUUCUUUCUUGCACUAAAGAGAGCAGCUGCAGACAACUAAAGGUUUAGGUGCUGAAUUCUCUCUCUUUCUCUCUCUCUCUAUUCCUCUUUGUGAAGUCAUCAUCCUGCUUUUCUCUCUUCACUUUUCUUCUUCGUCUUCCUCCUUUCCUGAUCUUCGGAUUUAAUGGAUGCUGCUAAAUGGUCACAGCAGGGUUUUCAAGAUCAUACUAGUUUGGUGAAGCCUAUGGAGGAGAUGGUUUCUAAUACAUGCAAUAGGCCAACGUUAGAGAAAAAGGCAAGGCCACCGGAGCAGUUGAAUUGCCCCAGGUGUAACUCAACCAAUACUAAGUUCUGUUACUACAACAACUACAGUCUCACGCAGCCAAGAUACUUCUGCAAGACAUGUAGAAGGUACUGGACGGAAGGUGGAUCUCUCCGGAACGUUCCCGUUGGAGGAGGUUCGAGGAAGAACAAGAGAUCUUCAACACCUUCAUCAUCUUCAACCAAAGUCCCAGAUCUAAACCCACAGUUUUCUUCUCAAAACCCUAAGAAUAUUAUCCAUAAAGGCCAAGAUCUUAACUUGGCUUUCCCAGCUAUGCAGGAGGGUAGCCAUGGUCAUUUAUCUCAUCAGUUUCUUCAAGUCCCCAAGAUUGAGAGUAACCUCCCAAAUUCAUCUUCCUCUUCUUCUUCAUCAUCCUAUAGUUCAGCUUUUGAACUGCUCAGGACUAGUGGGAUGGUGUCUGGGGGAUUGAAUUCCUUUGUUCCUGGACCAUUACCUGAUUCAAAUACUCUUUUUUCAUCUGGGUUUACCAUGCAAGACUAUAAACCAACACUUGGUUUUUCAAUUGAUGGGUUUGGAAGUAGGGGCGGGAUCCAAGAGAAUGGAGGGAGAGUUUUCUUUCCUUUUGGAGAAAUGAAGAGCACGAGUGAAGCAGAUCAAAGUAAGGGACAAGGAAAUUCAGGUGGGUAUUGGAAUAAUGGGGCAUUAGGUGGAGGAGGAUCAUGGCAAUGAGGGACAGGAAACAGAAGAGAUGGACGGAUUGGAGAUUUGAAGAGCUAGCAAGUGUGCCCUUUUUCUUCUUUUUAAUAUCUUGGUUGUUCUUUUAGUCUUUUCACAGCUUGAUUGCUUGUUUAAAGUUGUUUAGAAGAACUAACAGAUAGGAUACUUAAUACUUCUGCUUUUACUUGCUUUAUUGAUCUUCUUCUCUCCUCAAUUAUUGCUGGUGUGUGUGGAUAGAAGAAAAUGUGAAUAGGGCAUAUUGACCUUGUAUUCAUGUAUUCUUCUAUCAAAAUUAAGUCUUCUUCAAUGUUGUAUGUUAAUCUGGAGAACAGUUUGCUUUAAGUAUUAAUUGCAGAAAAAACCUGAGAAAUAUAGGUUUGUAUCUAAA